UUUGCGUUUCCAUUUGCGGUUUAUAUUGUUCGUCUGUCUUUAACCCAUCUAAUAACCCCACAACAACUUUUUUUUUUGUGUUGCCCCUCAAUGUCUGCAAUUACACAAGCUGAACGGCAUAAGUAUGCCGAGAUUUUCCAAGCACGCGGACAAGUCAAUGGUUAUAUGGCUGGUUCCACUGCUCGAGAUGUCCUGUUAAGCUCCAACCUUCCUCCGCAUAGACUCGAACGAAUUUGGGAUCUUGCCGAUAUAGACAAGGAUGGCAGUCUUGACUUUGAAGAAUUCUGUGUUGCAAUGCACCUUACGUUUGACUGUAUUAAUGGCGUUGAACCACCCAUGACCUUGCCUCCUACGUUAAUACCUGCCAACAAGGGGCAUUUUGUUGCUGGCGGCGGCUUACAGCCUCAACCCACAGGCUUACAACCUCAACCUACAGGCGUGUAUCCUCAACAGACCGGCUAUCAAUCAUCCCCUGGUAUUGCACCACAACAAACAGGUUAUUAUCAACAGCAACAACAAAAUUAUACUCCUCCUCCUCAAGUUCCUCAAUAUACCGGAUACACACAAGCAUCAACACCACCUGUCGAAUUCAGCUGGGAUAUGACAUCGCAGGACAUGACGACUUAUCAAAACAUAUAUGCAAAGUACGCCAAUGAUUCUGGCAAGGUGAAAUUUAGCCAGAUGGAGGACUUUUAUGCAACAUUGGGUCUUACGCGUACGGAUCUGUCAAGUGCAUGGACAUUGGUGAAUGUCAACCACAUGCAAGGCCUUACACAGGAUCAAUGCCUCACGUUCUUCCACAUUUUAAACCAACGAACAAAAGGAGCUCCGAUACCCAAGGAAUUGCCGCCAGAUUUACAUGAUGCCUUUGCUGGCGAAUACUCUGCGGACUUGGGUGAACGUCCUGGUGCAGGCAGCGGUGCUCGCAAGGGCAACAGCACACCCAUGUCCAAGAGUGCAGCGCUUGCAGAUAGUUAUGUGAAUCGUCUGGGAGCUGCAAGCACUUCGUUAACAUCCAAAGGAUCCUCGGUCAAGAACAACAAGUAUGAUGAAGAGGAUAUGCUCAAGCGGGAGCUAGCAGAACUCAAGGAACGAGUCAGGGAAGCUGAACGUAAGGUGGACACUGCAAAGGGCGACGAAUCAUAUGAAUCAUUUGCAUCGCGUCCCUUGCGUGACCAGUUCCAGGCUUUGUACGAUUACAAACUUGGACAAUUGACAGACCAAGCAGACGUGGAGGACAAGGUCCGCAAGCAGGAACGUGAUAUUGAAGCUGCUCGUGACGCAGUACGUCGAUUGAAUCGCAUUGUGGAUGAUGUUCGAAGCAAAAAGCGAGAACUUGAAAACUUGUUGGAUGAACGGCGUACAGAAGUACAAAAGACAUUGCGUUUGAUGAACGAGGCAUAAUGAUGAUGGAACGACGAAGACAGACUUGAAAAUGAUAAUAAUAAUAUAAAAAAGAAGAUUAAAGAUAAUA